AUGUACCAAAAGCGGCUAAAGAAGGAACGGAAGCAACGCCAGCAAAUCCAAGAGCAACUGGAGAACGAACUGAAAAGGCGACAGAAGAUUGAGGAAGCACUUAAACAGUCUGGUGCACCAGCAGAAAUUCUCAGAAUUGUAACUGAGAACAUGAGCCCUGCGGCCCACGAGGCCCGUUCCGAGCGCGAGAACGGUUCAGAGAGCAAGCCACCAAGCGCCGAGCCGCCGCCAGCGUCGCCGCCGUUCUCGCGUGAACCGCCCCGCACGCCCGACAAGCCGCAAUGGAGCUACCCCCCACCACCCGUGGACAUCAUGCCCGGGGGAGCGGCCUUCUGGCAGAACUACUCCGAAUCCCUGGCACAAGAGCUGGAGAUGGAGCGCAAAUCCCGCCAGCAGGCCAUGGAGCGCGACGUGAAGAGCCCCCUCUCGGAACGCGCCAGCUACUACAAGAACUCGGUACUGUUCAGCUCGGCCACU